AUGACAGCCAACAUCCCCGAAGUCCUCCUUCUCUGCAUGGAUAUCGGCUUUAUGGACGCCUUUAAUGAUGCCAUCGAAACAACCUGGCCAGACCACGACCCAGAGAAACUAAAGAUAACCCCAAUAAACGAGCGCCUCAACUCUCUCCCGGAAGGAACAACCUUCGACCUGAUCGUCUCACCAGCAAACUCUUACGCCCGCCUUGACGGAGCCUUCGACCACGCCAUCUCGAUGACCUUCAGUCCACGACAGGACUAUCAUGCUCUGACCCGCGCAGCACAAGCAGUCCUCUAUGACAAAUGGCGCGGCUUUGCGCCGCCAGGCUCGUGCACGCUUGUUGAGUUCCCAGAUGACCUAAAGCGGAAUAAGUACGGCUGUGAAUGGGUGGCUAUCUGUCCCACAAUGCGGGAGCCUAGUGAUGUCCGCUGGGACCGGGAAGUUGUCUAUGAGUGUAUUUGGAGCUUGUUGUGUCAGGUCGAGGGGCAUAAUCGUUCCGUGGAGGGGGAAGGGAAGAUUGAGAGGGUUCUUUUGACACCACUAGCUGUUGGUGUUGGGAAGGUUAGUAAGAAGCGCUGGGCGGUGCAGACGGUGCUGGCGCUGAGGCAGUUUUUUGAUGCUGUUGAGAGACCUGCGAGGUGGGGCAACCUGGGUUGGAAGGAGAUUGGGGAGGAUUGUCUUCAGAUUGAGAGGACUUGGGCGCUCUGA